AUGCACCGUCUAAAUCACUGUCUCCCCUGCUGCGGUCACUAACCAUUUGCUGUUGCACUGGUGCUUGCUUUUUUUAACUCUUUAAUUUUUUUUAUUUUUUUCCUUUUCCUGUGUUCGUUGUAAUCAUGACCUCUCGCUGUUUUAAUUUCAGAUUUGCAUAUCCACUUCCACUCCUUCCUCAUUUGCAUACAGCAAGAAUGGCGAGCGGGCAUCCCACAGACAAAUUCAGUUUCAUGUAUCAACCAGACACGCACAAGAGCAAGAACAGGUUAUCUUCAGCUAUGAAUCCAGUCUACAGCCCUGUUCAGCCUGGCACCCCAUAUGGAAACCCUAAGAACAUGGCCUUCACAGGGUAUCCAGGAGGGUAUCCUGCCACGGCUCCCACCUAUACACCCAACCUCUAUCAAACAGGCAGUCCUGGGUAUCCACCAGGAUAUACUUCAGCAGGCACCCCGUACAAAGUGCCCCCCACUCAGUCAAAUGGGGCGCCCCCUCCCUACACCCCGACUCCCACUCCAUACCCGACAGCCAUGUACCCCAUCCGCAGUGCCUACCCUCAGCAGAACAUAUACGCACAGGGGGCGUACUAUACCCAGCCAGUGUAUGCGGCUCAGCCACAUGUGAUCCAUCACACCACCGUGGUGCAGCCUAACAGCAUCCCCUCCACAGCCCUCUACCCUGCCCCUGUCCCUGUACCUGCCCCUCGCAACAACGGCAUGGCUGCCAUGGGGAUGGUAGCUGGGACAACCAUGGCCAUGAGUGCAGGGACCCUGCUGACAACGCCCCAGCACCCCCAGAUUGGAGGACACCCAGUUACUGUGCCAACCUACAGGCCCCAAGGGACACCUGGGUACAGCUACGUACCGCCUCACUGGUAGAGCCCACCCAUCAUAUCUGGAGUUCACCAUCGUAUGCAACUGCUCAAAUCUUACACGGGCUCCCACUGGUAACCAUGGGAACCCGGCACCUGUCUGCAAGAACAAAACUAAAGUGCAACAGCCACUUUACUAUUAUUGUUAUUGUUAGUAUGCGACAUUCUCUAACGUUUUUACAAAAGCUGCUUUUAUUUUUUUUUUUUUUUUUUUUUUUUUUUCUCUCUGUUCAUUUGCCAACCAGUCAUUACCUUAUUUUGUAUGGCUCUUUGAUUUUUAUUAUUUGAUUUCCUCAUUUUUCUCUUGAAGUGUCUGUCAUUGGAACUCCAGAAGGACUCUUGACCAAUCACGGGUGUCAGUUGCUCCUGUUUCUGUGUUGUGCUGGUGUAUGUGUGGUCCUUCCUGCUGCUGCUCAGUUGGCUGGAAAAUAUCGGGCACUUAUUCCUCAUCAUCAUCAUCUCCGUCAGUCACUACAAAGACUUACUGACUUAUGCUGCCAAAUUUCUUACAACUAGAUAUCAGCACAGGGUUUUAACAUAAUUAGCGUUUUAAUUUUUGCAGGUUUUUUUUUUUUUUUUUUUUUUUUUUGGAUAUUCUUUCUUUAAACCGUACUCAACUGAAUUCCUUUUUCUCUGUAGACUUUUUCUUUCUUACCUUUGUUCUUCCUUCCUCUUUAUCCCUUUUUUUUUAUCCGCUUUGUUUCAUUUUCAGUUGAAUCUCAGUCGUCUUCCAGCCACGUAGCUAUCUGUCCGGCAGUAGUCAGUCCAUCAUUCCUGUUGUUAUGUCUCCGUGUGGGUGCUUUGUUGCGAUGAGCAGAGCACUUACUGACCAUUACCUAUCCUGCUGCGUGUCCCACUGUGUCCGCAUUCGCAUAACACACACUAUGAAAACGUCGCCUACUUUAUGCUACAUACUAUGCAGGCUAGUAUGUUGUGACACUAUCGGAAUCUUAAACUUAGCGUAGGUCAAUGCAUUUUAAAAAAUGUAAGGAUAUUUAUAAUUAUCAGCAUGGGCAGUCGUGCACACUCUAUCUCUCACACACACACACACACACACACACACAUAUAGGGGCUCCUGUAUGUGUUGGAAAACAUGAUCACUUAGUGGCACUUACUGUAAAAUACUCCCAGUUCAAACACACAAACACACACUACAUGGAUUUCUCGGGGUGUGCAUGGCAGAUAGCAGAAAAGGAGUUUAAAGGGAUUGUGUUGGCGUAGAAAGAGGAGAGCAGGAUAAGACGGAGAGAGCAGACAACAAGAAAGGAGGAGGAGAUCACGUAUUCACAGUCGGGUCGUUUCAUUUCAAGGUGCAAGACCUUUGAAUUCGUGACAUCUCACCUGCACUGAUACUCUACUUUCACACUACAUGUGUCGAAAUUUAUUCCUUGUUAUGAAUAUAUCAUCUCCUCCUCCCUUCUUCUUCUUCUUCCAGAUGAGGACUUUGUAACCAAACAAAUAGAAACCCAGACUCUUGAGUAUUAAUGAUGGACCAGUCAAAUAAAUCUGCGCUGAUAGAUAGAUGGAUGGAUAGGAUUCGAUCCGCCGGAUCAUUCCACUUCUGUGAGUGCUGAAAAAAGACCAAACCAGUGACAUGGGAGGUUGUGCACUACAUUUAGGAAGAAAUUGUGUCCAAUCAGAUGACUGUAAUGUGUUUACACCUGGUCCAUGUCAUAGCGCUGAUAGGUUGUUCUCUGAAUUUGGGUCAAAGUUUUAACUUUGUGGGUAUUAUCUUGUGAAUCGCAGGAGAAUUGUCAAGAAAAAGUGCUAGUUUUAGUAUUCAUGGCUACAGCAGUGUGAGAAUAUUAAGACAAUUUUAGCAAGAGUGCGAAGCAGCGAUGAUGCAGUGCCACUCAUAGGCCUUUUCCACCAAGCUAACACUGGUUCUUGGAGUGGUUCUGUUCGAGAUUCUUGGACCUUGGUGCUAUCUGCGUCAUCAACGAAGGGCGUUGCACAAAGCAAAACGGAAGUAAAGAUAAGUAGCAAGAUGGCAGAUUGCAUAGAUUACUGGGAGUUUUUAAUUACAGAUUUUAUUAUUCAGAAAAACAAGCAUGGACCAACUGUUAAUAAUAAGAAGGUGUAGAGGACUCAUCUGUGCUUCUCUUUCCAACUUGUAGAAUAUGACAUGCUGACUGAUUUCGUCACGGUUAGUACUUCAAGUUGGGGAAAACCUGCAAUUUCUUUCUUUGGUUUCAGCUGUGAACCAACUUUGGGGGUUCAAAAUUGGUUGAUUUUUGGUUGAAAUAGCCCGUAAGGUUCAGAAUUAUUUGGCAGGAACUGGAACAGAACCAGCUCCAUGUUGGUGGAAAAAGGCGUUCAGUCAGUUAGUUUUAAACCGGUUCAGUCCAGUUGGCUUGUUACACUUUUAAUAGUUGUUUCUGAAAAAGAUUAAUCCAUUUCUUCAGUUUUUUUUGGUAACUAUACACAUAUCUGCUUUUACAGACUUCAUUUUAACACAAUUCCAUUUAAAAAAUCCAGCAUUAACCUUGAUUUUAAGAGUAUAGUCAUCAGAUGAGGAUAAUAUCUGAGCCAAUGAGACAUGGACCAUAUACAGCCAUUUUCUGUUGCCUUUUUAAGCUUCUACGUGUAAAGGCAUUUAUGUGCAAAGGCAGUAUGAUGACCCAUCGUAAUCAAACACUACAAACAUACCAAGUAGUAGUGGUGGUGGGGUUUAAUAUUUAGGUGAAGCCUGCGACAUUUUUUCAGGAUUUACACACACAAGAAAGAAUCAAAUCACAAUUUCAUAAUCUGUAGAGUAGGCUACAGAUUUGUAAAAAAGAAAAGAAAAAAAAAAGCAUUUACUGCGCGGGUAUGUAGAUGAAGUGGUUUGAUAUUGCAAUAAAAUAAGAGGGAAGCCUCCAACUGUUAACAUACAGUAAUUAUUUUAUCAGCGUUUUGAAUUGAUUUUUAAAAAAAGAUGCUUAUUGUUGUAAUCUCUAAAUAUGGAUUACAGGCUCUGUAUGCCGUUCAAUAAUUAUUACUGCUAAGAAGAGAAGUAGAACAUAUCAAAAAUUUGGGUAUUGAAUAACUUUGUGAGGAAAUAUUGCACAACAUAAGACAAAAAAAAACAACAAAAAAACUUGAUGACUAUAAUUUAAUGCUUAGUAACAGGUACCUAGGCUUUGUAGUGCUGGAGGGAGGAAGAAGCAAUUUAUAUUGUAAUUAAAAAUAAAAACAAUAAGGUUGAGUGUUUGAGGUCUUCUUAGUCCAGAUGUUUGUACACUAGUAGGUUAAUUCUCAAGAAAAUAUUACAUAACGCCGCUGUCGGAUGAAAACCGUCGGUCUUUGAGCCUUAUUUUUGAAAGGACCCUUGUAUUUUAAAACGCAUCGCGCGGAUGUUCUCGGGUCACAAAGUGUCGCCACCGUCUAAGGAUCUUGUACAUUUUAAUCCAAGCCAGUGAAAAGAAAACAGGAUAUGGGUUUUCUUGCGACAGCAGUAACGUUACUUGUCAUUAGGAUUUAUUUAACCAACCACUACUUCUGUCAGUAUUUCUCAAUUUUUUUGUUUUCUUCUUUCCCUCUGGUCAAUUGAGCAUAAUGGGUAUGCAUAAUAUUCAGGUGUAUUUCACUAUAGCAUUGGAUCUCUAAGUUAAAAAAAAUGCAGUAUAUUUAUACAGCAAGUGGUACAGUAAUGUAUUUCUAGCUAAGCAUGGUUGCAUCAGUGUGGCAGCUACUGUUUGUGCUUUUAAUAUUUUUAUUUUUUUUAUUUUUUUUUUUAAACCUCUUCUGCAUCUCUGUUAUCUACAUAUUUGUCGCUGAGGAGGGGAGAAGUUAAGACAAGGGUCUGUCGGUAAAGAAAUUCUCGUCACCAAAUCCCACAUUUUAAGUGUUGCCUAAAUUCACAGACCUGGAGGAAGGAUUUAAGACAGAACCGAAAUGGAUAGCACUGACAGGAAGAGGUUACCGUCAUGAUUUGGGAGGCCAUCUUUCCUGUCUGUUUCUGUUCUGCCGGUGCAAAGAUACAUUGAGUAACGAAUGAAAACCCUCAGCCUCCACGCCCCUCUGUUCUGUGCCAUAUUUGACCAACAGUUGUUAAGUAACUAUUAGUUUCUUCUCCUAAGUAACUGGUGAAUUCUGAGUCCUUGUUCUGUCUAGCUUUUUGUGGAUCUGUGUUUUCCUAUUGCUGUCCUGUUCUCACAAACUGUUGUUGAUGCAUUAUUGCCUGUCUCACUUUUAUCUUCCCUGACUGUAUCCUAUAUUAUUUUCACUUCAGAAGCCAUUUUGCAUCCCUCAAAGCCCAUUCAAACAUUCAGUUUUUAUCACAUUCGGGGAUGCAAAAUGACAUCACACGAUCACAUGUUCUGCUCCCUCUUAUGUCCACUUCUUUGAACCCUCUGCUCUCACAUGCUUUUCGGUCUUGAUGUGCUUUCAGUCUGACCUUUGCAACCUUCACCACCCUCGUAUCAGUAGCAAUCAUAUUGAACUAUGAUAGUCAUGAAAUUGGUGUCACUUAUUGCGAUAAUCUAUUGUAAUUUUUGUUUUGGUAUUUGUGAAAGCUCCACUGAACCUUUUUAAACACUAGAUGUCACCAGUGACAAAGUCUGGCAGUGGCAUCACCACAGUGUAAAAUGAUAAAAAAAGAAAUCACAAUUGGAUGUCACAGUUUUAAGCACUGAGAUUUUCUUUAUCCAAAUUUAAUGUUCUUUUUUUCCAGACGUUUACAGAAAUGCCAUUUUAGAUGCCAAAUAAGGUUUCAUUGUUCUCACAGGAGUGGAUCAUUUUAAGUUUAAUAGGAGAGAGUUUUUCUUUUCUCACGCUGUGGACUAGUGUUCAUGUUUCAAUGUGGAGGCACUCCCACACAGCAGGUUUGUUUUACAGAGUGGUGAAACUGCUUUCUCAUUUCACUCCAUUCCUCACCUCUCAUUUAUUUAAAUUUGCACUUAAUUGAAAAUGGACAGUAGGACAAAUUUUCCUCCACCGUUCUGUCUGCCAAACGUCGCAAGGUGGUUUUUCUCGAGUAUAUUAUAACCUUGCGCCUCUUCACUUUGACAGUGAAAACGUGACCAGAACCAUUCACAACGCCUCUCCUCUCCUUCCAUCUUCCCUCUCCCCUCUUCUUUUUUUGCCUUGCAGUUGCUAAGUCUUAGUUUUUUUUUCCAUGAGUAUAAAUUAAAACACUACUAUCACAGUGAAUAGUAGGCUCUUAAAUGUCUUUGAUGUUCUGCUGCAGCUUUUUAAUUUCAAUUUGUCAGAUAUCUUAGUUUAAUUUGACACUAAAUGUGAUGCAAAAAGUGGAAAUUCCUUGUCUUCCAAAAAAAAAGCAUACUCGUAUCCCACCCUGGAUCGAGUAUUAGGAACAACCCAUCUUUGGAAGUUUUAGUUUGGUACCCAGUUUGCACAUGCUAUGGUAUAUCUGUUACCGUAAGGUUGUGUUUGAAACUGAAGCCCAACGUCUGUUCAGCGUUGAGAGAAGUGAACUGUAUGUUAGCUAUUUGGUCCAGAGUGAAGGACCAGCGUCAGGCUUGUGAUAUGAAGUGUAAAUCUGUUUUUUAUUUUUUGUUUUUGGUUUUUAUUUUUAUUUUUUUUUAUGUUUUUCUUUUUUUGUUGUUGAGGGUUUUUUUUAAGAUCAGUUAGUGAUCUAGUACUAUAACUAAGCCAAGUUUGUAAUUGUAUAUUUACUGUAAAAUGUAGAACAUUGAAUAACUAUUAAAAUUUUCCUAUAAAAGGAA